ACUACCAUAUGGUCUACGUCCUGGUUCCUCGCUAGUGUCUGUUCAAAUACGUGCCGUCCUUAGCUGACACGAUGAAGUUCCUCUUUGCUCUCAUUUCUUUUGCCGUUGGAACCCAAGCUUACCUACAGUUAAAUCCUAUGGAUGGGAAAAUCUGUUUAGCCUGCUGCGGACGGGAAAGCGAAGGAUGCUGUAAUGACUGCGGACUUACUGAACCUUCUGUCUUCAACCCUAACACUUUUGUAGCUUCUAAGAGAAGUGUGGUAUCGACAAAGAGUUUCAUUGACGAUCUGAACAGUGGGCUGAACCAUCUGAUUCCGGACUUCUCCGGCGGGCCAGACUCGGCAUCGGCAUGCCUUGAUUGUUGCGGACAACACCCGUGCUGUGGAGAUUGUGGCAUUGACCAGUCCAUCUUCAAUCACCAUUACCCUGAUAUUCCGGACAUUAGCACCAUCCUUGGUCACCAUGGAAGCACACCCGAACCCCAGUCGCCGGAGAAGGGAUCUUACGGAACCGGAACUGACGACCUAUCAGGGGGAAUGUCUCCUAUCUUUAACGGUCCUAUCGACCCCAUGGACUUACAACCAGUACAUGCGUAUUAUGAAAAUAAUGACCAAUGAAAUUUAAUGAUGGAAUAUUACAGUAAAUCUUGAUAUCUGCAUUUGA